GAGUCACAAGGCCACAGUAUCAAGAAUUUGAUUAUAUUUUGCCACAUUCGAAACUUGAGUUAUGGAACGUCCCAAGGGUCGAGCAUCUCUAAGAAGAAAAUGCCUUGUGUUGCUCUUAAGGAUGGGGAUCAUAGAGCUGAUCAUGUUUUCUUCAGCAACAUCUGAUGAUCAAACUGGCAUACCAGUAACAGGUUUACUAUGCAUUAGUGAUUGUGCAACAUGUCCCGUCAUUUGCUCACCGCCACCUCCAUCGGAGGAGUCAAAGCCAAAGCCACCGCCAUCGCCUCCGGUCCACCAUCACCACCACUCGCCGCCACCACCUUACUAUUUAUACUCACCACCACCGUCAGAACUACCGGCACCACCACCACCGCCAGAACUACCGGCAUCACUACCACCUCCACCACCAUCUUAUUUUUCAUGGGGCACGGCUCCACCACCUCCUCUUCCUGUUUAUCCCUUCAAUCCUUCCGGUCAGUUGCCGCCUGGUAUUGGACAACGCAAUUACUCCUAUCCUUACUACUACUUCUAUGCCUCGAAAGGUUCUUCUCUUUCUCUUCAUGCUUCCCUUUUUCUUAUGCUUUUGUUGUCCUUAUGUGUAGUGUUUUAAUGGAGGUGAGUGGUUGUGUGUGUUGUAUUACAAUUGAGAGAAGUAAGAAGGCGACGACAAGGUAUUAUAGGGGUAUAUAUGGAGUCUUCUGAUUUGGUAAAAUUAGUGAAAGCCUUUGUACUGUUUUGAAUUGUUCUUGAACAGUUUAGUCUCAAU